AUGGCUUGUGAGGCAUAUGAGGAUUUUCUUGCAACAACUAAUUUAAAUGGUUCUUCAACCCAAAGAGAUGUUGCAUAUUUGCUUUUACAAAAAGUAAUCAAGUAUACAUUUAGUAAAAAUACAAUGCAAAAUAAUUUAAACAAUUAUCUUUCUGUGGAUUCCCAUUUUAUUCCAAAUGAAACAAUUAAUUUAGAGCCAGCUGAGGCAUCAAAAUUCUCUUAUAUCAUUGGAUGGGUCAUUUAUAAGCUAAUCAAAAGUGAAAAUAUAAUGAAAUCACAUCCUAAAUUUGAAGCUAUGUGUGCUCAUCUUAAUGUUCUAAGCUCAGAACAGGUAGUAUAUGAACAAGAUGUAUGA